UUUUUUUAGAACCGUGGAACGGCUGAUGAGGUCUCUACGGCGCCUACUCGUAGCGGUCCCGUAGAAGAGACCCCCCCGUGUGCACCCAAAUGUUUGGCGGCCCGUGUAGUACGAGAGAACGAUACGUCAUGUCUCCUACGAGGAACCCGGUACUAUUAGCAGUGCUGAUUCCAGCCGUGCUUCACGUAGCAUCCGCUUUCUAUCUCCCCGGCCUUGCCCCCGUCAACUACUGCAAGCCAGGCUCAACAACCAAGCAGUGCCAAACAAAGAUUGACCUGUUUGUGAACAGGCUAGACUCUGAUGAGUCUGUCAUCCCGUAUGAGUAUCAACACUUUGACUUCUGCACGACCAAUGGAACGACAUCGCCAGCAGAGAACCUUGGCCAGGUGGUGUUCGGCGAGAGAAUUCGACUCUCACCUUAUCAGAUCGACUUCAUGGUGAACAAGUCAUGUGCAAAGCUGUGCACGCGCCAGUACGGUCCCAACAUUCCUGGGUCUGUGCAGCGCUUGGACCAGCUUCGCAAGGGCAUGAUGAAGCAGUACCGGCACCACUGGAUCGUGGACAACAUGCCUGUCACCUGGUGCUACCUGAUUGACACCGACAAGCAGUACUGCUCCAUGGGUUUCCCGAUGGGCUGCUUCACCUACCGCAACAGCCAGCCUCGGGGCCUGUGCAGCGUCACGUCCGAGUUCUCCAAGCCGGAGACGUUCUACCUGUUCAACCAUGUGGACCUGACCAUCUCGUACCACAAGAGCGAGAAGGAGUCCUGGGGAAGCUCUUUCAUCGAGGAAGGAGGUCGCAUCAUCUCUGUCAAGGUGCAACCACGAAGCAUCAAUCACAAAAACCACGAGAGGCCGACAUGUGACACGGGCGAGCACCUGACACUUGGCCUCAAGGAUGAUGGCCCCCUGACCAUUACAUACACCUACAGUGUCACCUUUGUGAGGAACGACCAAGUGCGCUGGUCGUCCAGGUGGGACUACAUUCUUGAGUCUCUGCCGCAGACCAACAUCCAAUGGUUCAGCAUCAUGAACAGCCUGAUCAUAGUGCUUUUCCUGACCGGUAUGGUGGCCAUGAUCCUGCUCAGGACACUGCACAAGGACAUUGCCCGCUACAACCAGAUGGACUCCGGGGACGAUGCCCAGGAGGAGUUUGGGUGGAAGCUGGUGCAUGGCGACGUCUUCCGCACUCCCCGCAAGGGCAUGCUGCUCUCGGUGUUCCUCGGUAGUGGCACGCAGAUCUUCUUCAUGACCUUCAUCACCCUGCUUUUUGCCUGCCUGGGCUUUUUGUCGCCGGCCAACCGUGGGGCUCUGAUGACGUGCGCCAUGGUCCUAUUUGUGUGCCUUGGAACACCAGCUGGAUAUGUCUCAGCUAGGAUCUACAAGUCCUUUGGCGGGGAGCAGUGGAAGCUGAAUGUGCUGCUGACGGCGCUGGUGUGCCCUGGCGUUGUGUUCAGCCUGUUUUUCGUCCUGAACCUGCUGCUGUGGGCUAAGGAGAGCUCGGCUGCUGUUCCCUUCACCACCCUGCUCGCGCUGCUGGCUCUCUGGUUUGGUAUCUCGCUUCCGCUCACCUUUGUGGGCGCCUACUUUGGCUUCAAGCGCAGGGUGCUGGAGAACCCCGUGCGGACCAAUCAGAUUCCCCGACAGAUCCCCGAGCAGUCCCUGUACACCCAGGUGGUGCCGGCAAUCUUCAUGGGUGGUAUCCUGCCCUUUGGGUGCAUCUUCAUCCAGCUAUUCUUCAUCCUCAACUCCAUCUGGUCUAGCCAGAUGUACUACAUGUUUGGAUUCCUGUUCCUGGUGUUCAUCAUUUUGAUCAUCACCUGCUCCGAGACCACUAUACUGCUCUGCUACUUCCACCUCUGCUCAGAGGACUACCACUGGUGGUGGCGGUCCUUCCUCACCAGUGGCUGCACGGCAUUCUACCUGUUUGUCUACUGCAUCCACUACUUCACGCGCCUCAGCAUCACGGGCGUGGCCUCAACCUUCCUCUACUUCGGAUACACCCUCAUCAUCGUCUUCCUCUUCUUCCUGCUCACCGGCACUGUGGGUUUCUUCUCCUGCUUCUGGUUUGUGCGCAAGAUCUACAGUGUCGUCAAGGUCGACUGAGCAGCUGUGGACGGGCACGUCCUUCAAACGUCGUCAGUGCCCGAAUGGUUGUUGUGUCUGGCCAAGCGCUCUUGCGUGGGAUGCACUAUGAGAAAAAAAAAAAUCCAGAGAGAGAGAGAGACUUUUAGUUUGUGGCAGCAGCUUGCUGCAGUACGUCUGUCCAUCUUGUCUCGGGAGGACGGGCGGCACGGUUGGCAACUCGUGUGGGAGUCGCCUCUGGUGUGGCAGUGGCGAAAACUGUCUCGCCCAGCUUGUCACACUGCACCUUGACUUGGCAGGUGUCGUGCCCUAGGAAUGAACCGCCGAAAGGAGAUACCAUGGCUGGUCCCCCACAAAGCCACUGUCGCACGUGUGCGGGCCUGGCAUUCUUCACCUUUGUUGGUUCUUGUUGCUUUGCAGUAGUACCGAGAGGUGUUUUUUUUUACCGUGUUUUGUUUCUCAUAGCGUGCAAUGCCCCGCCUGCCUGCCUUUGCUUAUACCUCUUUAAACAUUGUUGUCUUGAAAAUAUGUUUCGUUGUAUCCCGGUUGUAGUUUUGAGUAGCAUUUUGGUUACCCAGGCUAUGGAGCUAAAGAAAACAAUACUGGUGUCGCCUAAACUGAGCCACGCUGUUGGUCAGACUCGCUGGUCCGUAGUGGCCUAUUUCUGAACAUUUUCCUGUGUUGCUGUAGCACCUUAGUCUGCACACGUUCCUUCUUGCUCGUAAUAUGCUAAUCAUGCCGUGGGAACACGAGGAAGUGGUGUGUGUUUAUUUGUGUGAGUGGUGUGAUUGCAGGUUGGUGCGUGAACAUAAGAUUUUCUCGGUGCACAGCGCGGGCGCUCUUGCCUCAAUUACAGUUUGGUUAUGGCAAGAAGUAAUUCCAUGGCUGCUUUCAGCGCAGUUUAGCCAGAACAUAUUAAAUGCAGAAGAAGAAAGAGUGUAGACAAACCACCAGUAUGUUCGGCAAUGUAUAUUCUGCCUUAUUAUUUUGCACUUUGCUGCAUGAUGAACUGCACUGAUAGUAUCGGGUUUAGGAUGCCUGACUGUUUUGAAUUGGCACCUUAUAAAAGCUUUUGCACAAUUAUGAAGAAAUUUUGAUACUUCUUGUCGUGACUGUUGUAACUGGUUUACUCGCACGGUUGUUUGAUUAGGACUGGGCUAGCACCUCUGCUCUGAUCCACACUUUUAAAUUCACGUUAGCUGUCCUAAAUGCAAUGCCCAAGCCGUGACACUGCUAAAGAAAAAUGGGGAAAUAGUAAAGAUACGCAUUGGUGCUAGUGCCACUGUCAAUUUUUUUUUAAGAGUGAGCAUGUUUUCUUAUGCAUGUGUUAGUGGUGUCUGAAAGAUUUGCAAGUAGGCAAUCGAGUUGUACACGGCGGUGAAAAUAGGAGGAUUCUCUGUUUUUCUCUGGUAGUCCGGUGCACCAAAGUUAUAAAUUAUGAGGAUUUUUUUUCAUGAUAUAUUCCUUGCAGGGCCCAGUACCCUGCGUUGACCCAUAUCGGUUGACACACAGCUUUUUUUUUUUUUUCAUUAUUGUGCUCUACACGGCUUGUUUGUAAUGUACCAUAUGGCAGAUAGUGUAGCCCUGUAGUGUACAGUUGCGUUCCCUGUAAUGUUUGUGAUAAAGUGUGAUGGUUCUGUUUUUCAUGUAUUUCUUUUUUCUUUUCGCUUCUAAGGGUUGUUGUUAGCACGUCCACUGGUUUGAGGCGUGUUAAAACCUAGCCCCAUAUCACGAGCACUUUUUUGGAUAAAUAUAAAAAUAUUCUGGCAGUGUUUCGCUGCGAUGUCAUGGUAGCAUGCUGCGUCUUCACCAGCAUCGUAAGCUGGUCACAUCAUUGGCAUGGCUCUCUGCCUAGGAUGUCCACAUGACACGUUGCUGUUGAAUUUCAUUGCCUUCACAAAAUCCAAUUGAAAUCUUCAUUUUUUAGUAGUACAAAAGAAGGAGCUCUCAAAAUUUCACUUGGUUGUUAGUCACUGCAGUACUUCAGAGUUGUGAAAUAUUCUUGCGUCAGCCUGCAUAUAAUACGUAGUGUUUGUUUUGCCGACGGAAAUGCAAACCUGUUAGUUGGAUCUUGUGCAGUGCUGUGAUCAAGACAGUGUUUGCCUGAAGCGCUAUAGCUCCCAAGCUGAGUUUUCUAAAUUAGAUCUGUUGGAAGUGCAGGAUUCUUUUUUUUUUUUACAUUUACAUGCUACUGUGGUUAUGUUACCUUUUUAUCAUAGUCAAGUAAUUCUAUCUUUAGGUGGUGUGUGAAGCAGCCCAGUUUUUUUUUUUGUCUGUCUUUGUGGGCUUAGCUGUAACAUGCUUGGGAAAACACCAAAUACGCUGUGCAAGAAGAGCUACUAAAGAGGUGUGUAUUAAAUUUAUUAUGUUGCUCA